AUCAGAAUAAUGUAGAGUAUUACUUGUCUACCAUAUUUCUUUUGUUUUUAUAUGGAAAAUACGACACUUUAAUUGCUAAUUACUUCAAGUGAUGAUACUAUACUUCAAGCUUUUUUUGUUUAUUUAAUAUUUUAUUCCGAAAUGGAGAAAUGCAAUUUAAAUUCGGGAAAUAAACUUUUGGUUUUAGUUUAUGAAGAUGAAAAUUCAUACAACGAAAACUUCAGAAAUAAAUCAACAUCUAACAUUAAAAAUUGUUUUAGAGAAUAUUCUUCAGGAGAUAAAGUUGAAGCUUUAAAAAAUAUACUUAUUCAUAAUGAAAAACAUACACAAAAAUUACUAUCACACACAGAUAAUAUACAUAAAGUUAAGCAAAUAAUUGGUGUAAAAGAAUGUUUACAACCAUAUGAAGAAACAUCAUUUCAAACAAUCAUUUCUGAAUUAAGAAAUACUGUUAUGAAUAGUUAUUGGAACAAAGAAGUUGGUAAAAGUCGUUAUCAGAUUCCAAAUCUACCAGUGGGUAUGAAUCCACUAGAAGUAACUUUUGGAAAAAAACUUAAGUCUGGAGAAACUAUGGCUGAACUUCUUAAAGAAAAAAUAACAGAAAAUGAUAUUUCAAAACAAAAUAUUUUGGAAAUGUAUAAAAAAAGUCAUAACAGUUAUUUACCUGCGGAACAAAUUAAAAGACAUUAUAAUAAACCAUUUGAUGAAAAUUCACGUUUUGGAAAAUUAUUGAACGCUAAUACCAAAGGUGAACGAUUAAAAAAUCUUCUAACAUGGAUUAGUACAGAUUCUGAUCAUUCACAUUCUAGUAUUGAAGCAAAAGAUUUAAUAGACAUGAUACAUAAUAAUAAUGUAUAUGAAAGGAAGAAAAGAUCUGAAAUAUUGAACAUUUUAAGUGACUGUCCUAUAAAUAAUGAAGUGGUAGUACAACAAAGUUAUUUACAAUAUAUAAAUAGUUUACGUCAAAAAUUGAAGAAAUAUAUUUCAGAAAUAUCAUUUUUCGAUAUUUAUGAAGAUUUAUUAUGCCUUGAUAAAGAUUUUACAGGCAUUUUACUAGAAGAUAAAGUUUUUUCCAUUUUAGCUAGCCAUAAAAUUCAUAUAAAUAAAACAUGCUUAAUACCUCUGUUAGAUCUUCUUCAAAUACGUAAAAAGAAUGAUAUAAAAUACGAAGAGUUACUAAAUCUUUUAAACUGGAAAUAUGAUUUUCCUAUCUUACCAAAAAUAGAAAAGAUUCCUUUAGAAUGUCAAUCUUACAAUACUACAUACAAUACUACAAUAGGAAAUAUAGAAAGAAUAGAUGUUACAGAUAUUCCAACAGCAGGAAUUUCUUAUGAAAAUUUGGACAGAUCUACUGCUUAUAGUCUUAUACUUCCAAAUAUUUUUACAAAACAUGGUCUUAGCCCAACAGAUCUCUCUAAACUUCGAACUAAGCAAGAAAUAAAAGAUAUUUUCAAAGCUAUUGGAAUCCAAUUCUCCAAUAACAGCUUUGAUUUUCUUUGGAAAGAAGCAUUAAAAAAAAGCAACAACGUAUCAGUAGAAAUUUUUGGGAAUUUGCUUGAUCAAUAUGAUGAUUUAAUUGAAGAGAAAGAUAAUGGGAAUUUAUAAGUUAUUAAAAUUUCAUAAAACAAUUAUUUUAUACAAGAUUACAAUGUAUUUUAAAAACAAAUUAA